GGAGGAGCCUACGCAAAAUUUGCCACCGUCUGGCUCAGGGCAGUCUCUACUAAGUAUCUCUACCUCCACUGCUACUUCAUGUUGUUCGACUUGGCCGACUAACAAUUCCAAGAAAUCUCGAAGCCGGAAUUAGGGAGCUUGAGCAGAUGCAAUUACCAUUGAUUCUUGAUGGGUGCCUCUCUGCUACGGCCUACUGCAACUAUGUGGACAUGGAGAUAUGAGUGAUGAAAGAGCAAGGGUCGACGAAUCUUGGGUUUGGAAAGAAAAAAAAAAAAAACCUUGGACUCAGAAGGUUUGGAGGCGGAGCUCGAACGCGAAAGCUCUGUUCCGCCGUUGAGAAGGAGGAACUCUCAGGGGAGCAACCAGCGAUGGCGGCGAACUCUUCGAGUCCGGCUUUCGAAAAUUUCCGGUUGUUUGCGUCAGUGGAAGACGAGAAGUCCAAUCCAGGUCUCGGUAUAGGUUUUCUCGACUCUCAACAGCCUUCUCUUCCACCUCCACCUCCUUGCCUCGAAGUUAUUUCCUCUGAGGUCUCAUCUUCUGUCAAAUAUAAGGUGGAGCCAGUAAGUGUGGGUGGACUCACUAUGUUUAAGGGACGGGUCAGCACUCAGGAGGUUUUCUCCUUGUCCAACUCUGAUUUGGUUCCUGGUGAAUAUGAAGGGGGGCUUAAGUUAUGGGAAGGCGCAUUAGAUCUUGUCAAGGCUCUUUGUGGGGAAGUUGAAAAUGGGCAUUUAUCAUUUGCUGGAAAACGAGUUCUAGAGAUCGGAUGUGGUCAUGGUCUUCCUGGUAUCUAUGCAUGCCUUGAGGAUGCAGCUGCUGUACAUUUCCAGGAUUUCAAUGCUGAAGUCCUCAGGUGUCUUACCAUACCAAAUGUGACUGCAAAUCUUUCAAAAAUGGCUGCAGAAUCAGAGGCAAGAUCAGAAGUUCGUUACUUUGCUGGUGAUUGGAGUGAAAUGCAUAAAAUUCUCCCUUUUGCACCUGACAAUGUGGUGAAGCUAAGUGGAAGUUGUGAUCCCGGACAAGUUUCUGGCUAUGACAUUGUUUUAAUGGCAGAGACAGUUUAUUCUCUUUCCACACUUAAAACUCUGUAUAAGCUUAUCACACAGUGCUUGAGCCGUCCUCAUGGAGUUGUAUACUUGGCUGGAAAGAAGCAUUACUUUGGAGUUGGAGGAGGAACUCGACGCUUUCUAUCUGUGUUAGAAAAAGAAGGUGAAAUGGUUUCCAAACUGAUUGCAGAAGUUGCCGAUGGUUCAUCCAACGUUCGAGAAGUGUGGAAGCUCUCACUGAAAUAGAAAGAAUUACCGGGGCGACUUAUGCUUCACAUCGACAGAUAAGGCUUGUGUUCAUUUAAUCACAAUCCACCCCCAACAAUUUCUUUUUCUAUAUUUAGACAAGAUUUGGAAUAGGAUUCUAAGUUUUAUUGUAUUUCGUUAAAAUAACUUAAAAAUAUGUUGGGUUUGAAAGUAGUGAUACAGUUUUGCUUAGCUAGAAGCAACCACCUGGUGCUAAAAUUCAUUACUCACAAUAAUGCUAAAUCGUGACUCGUAGCCACGAUUGACCUUAAAAUAUGUGAAGGGGUGGGAAGAAUGCUAUUAUAAUUGUGCUUGGGAGAUGCGUGGUCUCAUGCAAGGAUGGGAGUGGAAUCACAAAGCUGAAGACAUUGCUGAAAAAGAAAUUCAAAAUUAUGGAUUUUCGAAUCCGGAGUGAAGGCUAAAAAAGUUCCUAUAUCUCUCGUCGGAGUUUAUAUCUUGGACAAAUCGAUAAAAUCCUUGGAUAUGAAUGCUACUUUGGGAAGCACAUUCCGAAUCAUCCAUGAAAAAUUCUCUAUCGACGAAGGAAGAAGUUGAAUAGACGAUAAAAGUGGCCCGUGUUUGCCUUGUUGAGAAUGCCAUGCCAAAUGUAGUGAGUUAAAUGGAUUUUAAAUAUAGUGUCUAGUGUUUGUCUAUUUUGAUCAUUUAUUUUCAAAACAUUCAUAUGAUCCUAGAA